GGCAAGCCACUGCCUUACGGUUCGCAGCCUCUUGUGCCAUCUGUCCUCCUCGCAGAGCGGCGAGAGCUUGGCGGGCGCGUGCUCUUUCUCUCUAUCUACCCCCUCUUCUUCGACCCUCCAGACACCGGGGAAUGCGUCGCGAUGAGGAGAUCUGAUCCCGACCUCGCCGGCAGACGCAAGCAGCACGACGGCCGGUCCUGCCACCGGAAGCACGUUGAAGACGGGUAGACGCUGCCGCCGUUUAUCCUCCGCUGUUUCCAAUUUAAUCUACACUUUUCAACCAUCAAAUUUCUUUCGAGCUUAAACUCUGAAACAUCUUAUAUAAAUGGAGGAGCUAGAUUCGUCCUCGCCGGCGGCAGAGGGACGGAGCGUUCUCCAUGGCCGCUAUGAACUGGGCCGCGUCCUAGGUCAAGGUACGUUUGCCAAGGUAUACGUUGCCCGCAACCUGCGCACCGGUAAGAACGUCGCCAUGAAAGUUGUCGACAAGGAGAAGGUUAUCAAGGUGGGGAUGACCGAGCAAGUAAAGCGGGAGAUAUCCGUCAUGAAGAUGGUCACCCACCCAAAUAUCGUCGAGCUUCACGAAGUGAUGGCUACGAGAUCCAAGAUUUACUUCGCCAUGGAGCUCGUACGCGGCGGGGAGCUGUUUUCCAUGAUCGCCCAAUCUGGCCGUCUCAGGGAGGACGCCGCUCGCUCCUACUUCCGGCAGCUCAUUUCAGCUGUGGAUUUCUGCCAUUCGCGCGGCGUAUAUCACCGCGAUCUCAAGCCGGAAAAUCUCCUCCUCGAUGAAGCCGGAAACCUAAAGAUCGCCGACUUCGGUCUCUCCGCCUUCGCAGAUCAUGUCCGCGCCGACGGCCUACUUCACACCACUUGCGGCACGCCGGCCUAUGUUGCUCCGGAGGUCAUCGGAAAUAAGGGUUACGAUGGCGCUAAAGCAGAUCUCUGGUCCUGUGGGGUUAUCCUCUACGUCCUCCUCGCCGGAUCCCUUCCCUUCAAAGACGAUAACAUCAUAAACAUGUACAGAAAGAUCCACCGAGGCGAUUUCAAAUGCCCCCCAUGGUUCUCUACUGACGCUCGCAGCCUCGUUACGAAGUUGCUCGAUCCCAAUCCCAGCACCCGUAUCACCGUCGCUAACCUGAUCGAAAACCCCUGGUUCCGUAAAAACCCCAUUCCCAAACCGAUCUCCGAAGAUCCACCAGCUGCCUCAGCAAAGAAAGAUGGGGAUGAACCAGAGAGACUGAAUGCGUUCCAUCUGAUAUCUCUAUCAGAGGGGUUCGAUCUCUCUCCUCUCUUCGAGAGCAGGGAAAACAUGAGAGAAGAAGGGAUGAGGUUUGCAACAAAGGGGCCGGCGAGUGGGAUCGUAUCAAGACUAGAAGAACUGGCGGCGAGAGUUCCCGGUAAGCUCCGUGUGACGAAGAGCUCAGCCGCAGGGGUUAGGUUGGAAGGAGAGGAGCGGGGCCGCAAAGGGCGACUUGCGGUGGCCGCAGAGAUCUUCGCAGUGGCUCCAUCCGUGCUUGUGGUGGACGUGAAAAUGGACGGCGGCGAUACGCUGGAAUACAAGAGGUUCUGCUGCAACGAUCUCCGGCCUGCGCUCAAGGAUAUAAUGUGGCAAUCAUCGGAAGUUCAGACCACCUCCGCCGCUUGAGUAUUCAACGUAGGUUUCUCCUGCGGCCUUUGUGUUUGUACAGUGAGUGUUUGAUGGAAUAGAAGGCUUGGUUGGAAGCAAUCUCUGUGAUGUUUAAGCUUCAGUCUGUUGGAUUUGGUUUCAUAUUAAUGUGGUUGUAAUUGUAUAAUUGUUAAAUUUUAUGUGAUUUAUUUAA